GGUCAGACGAAGUGCGGCGCUGUGCGGUACUUGGUCUUCCCGCCCGGUAUGCACAUCCGCGGCAGGGGUAAGGGAUCUUGUAUCUCUUGGACAUUGCCCUGUCUCUUUUCUAAAUGGGUGGGCGGUAUCAUUAAGCGCAGCCCGCGGGUAGGCGUGCAGUGGAGGGAACAGGCGCUCAGCGGCAAGCAAGGGUAUGGGUAGGUAUGUAGGUGUGUACCAAACCUGGUUGAGGUUAGGGUCAAGCCACGCUUGAUAUGGGGAUGGUGUGUGUGAGUGGUCCUACCCGCCGCGGUUGAGAGAUCGAUGAGAUGACAACGAGGUGGUGGUGUGUGACACCGUCGUUCUUUUGAUCUCUUCUCUUCUUUUCUUCAGGUUUAUCCCCGAGUUGCUCACUCCCUGUAUCACUUUCUUUUUUCUCAUAUUCUUCUUGUUUCAAGUUUUUUUCUCUGUUUCCUUUUCGAGGUUGUAUCGUGAUAGGGGUUCUGGUUUCUGGUUUUUUCUUUGGACGAGAACGACUUUCCCAUGUUUUUUUGUUCAUGAUCAUCAUCAUCAUCUUUUCUUAGUUUCUAUCCCUCUCCUACAGUGUUAUCGUGGAUACGACAUGAGAGAGAUGCUGGCCUUCGUCCUCAACAACCCUUAAUGUUUACACACCCUCACCGAGACCAGACCAGGUCGGCCGCUUUCUGCCCUGUCAAAAACUCACCUGCACAUCGCCCAGCCGCCGAGGUAACCCGCCGCUGGCUAUACAACCAUAGGCCUCCCUACACGAAGCUUUGCUUGGCGGACCUAGAUUGUUGAACAAGGGGGGACCUUUGUUCGGACGAAAAGAAGAAGUUUGGAAAAGGUUUUGUUGUGGAGUAUGCAGAUGGACUGAAGGUCCUUUUGAGAUGUUGCUUCAGAGAAUGGCAUAUAGGCUGUUCUUACUAUGCCUCACGUUAUGGACGACACUGCUUACCUUUGCCAACGCCCAACAGCAGCAAACCAAGAACGUCACGUCAGAGAUCCUCAACUUUGUGCCGCAGUGCGCUCAGGAGUGUUUCCGGUCGUUUAUUGCGGCGAACUUCGACUCGAGGAUAUGCGGGAACUCGCCGUCGCUGCAAUGUUUGUGCCGGCAAACAGGGUUGUCGGGGUAUACGGUGGGAGAGGGUGCAGUGUCGUGUAUAAUUGGGGAGAGUCAGUUGGGGUCUUGUCAGGGAAGGGAUUCUACCAGCGAUACGACUACGACGGCUUAUAACAUGUGUGUGGGCGUGUCGAAGGCGGCGCCGAGGACACACGAGACUCUUACAGCUACUUUGAUUCGGCCUACUGGGACAGGAGGUCUGAUUGUACCCACACCAUCGCCGACAAGAUCAGUCACCGGCACUGCGACAUCAACAACAGCAAGCUCCACGUCGACCUUUGCUUCUCGAACACGACCUCCAAUUGCUACGGCCAGCGACCCGAACGCGACGUUCAUCCCCGCUGACCCCUCAGCAACACCAACCGCCCCCCCCGUUGCUUCAAAUCCUCAGCCAACCUUGAGCAUCGGCCAGGUUGUUGGGAUUGUAGUAGGAUGCGUUGCCAUGGUGCUGCUGGGAGUUGGACUGAUCUUCCUGGCCAGGUGUAUUCGGCGGAGAAGAUAUGGAGAUCUGGAAGGGGGUGACUCUGGGUUCGCAAAGAUGAAAGAGUCUCCAAAUAAUGGAAGGGCCAGCGUGUUUCCUGGUCUUCAAAUUUCGAGUCCGUUGGCUCGGAUUCCAGCGGAAAGGGACCCAAACGAUCCACGAUGGAAUUCGACUCCGGCUCUUACUCCGGCAGUCAGCAACACCAACUCGGAGAGACGGGUUCCAGGUGUUGGUGUCGGCUUGAACGCAUCUUUGUUUGCGAACGCUACGAUGGUGCCUUCCCCGCAGCCAGCUCGCACUGCUUCCCCGAAGGUUCAGGCUCAGAAUAGUGUUCCAAAGGUGGUUUUGAGCCCACCUGCUCCGGCACAACCACAACCACAAGGGAGCCCGCCGAAGCCGACGUUGACUCUCGCUAUUCCGCGACCACAAGAGCGCAUGUAUCGAGUUCCUGCCAGCCGGACCGAUAGUGUUGUCACCGAAUUUGCCGAGGAUGGAGAGGUCGAGACAGCGAAAACAGCAAAGACUUCUGUCUGGAGGCCACCACCGAGCGAUCCUCAGUCUGCGACAGCCAUGUACUUUGCUGAUAAGGGAGGCAAUUGGGUGUUGCGGAAUACACCGUCGCAAAGGCCGGAGCAGAGACCGGAACAGAGGCCUGAGCCUUCUGUCAACAAGAACAAGGCCGUGCCUCCACUGCCGAAGCCCCAGCAGGCUUCCGUUCCUCUCGCUCAGGCCGAGCUCCCAAGCCCUGACCUGCACAAGACGAGAGCUGAAAGGGCCAAGGAUGCCUACGUGAUGUUUUCACCAAACGCCUUGGUGUCACCUCUGAGAAUUCCUUCCAAGGAAAGCGCGAAGAUGCUCGGGUCUCCCAUCGCAUUCAAGGACCAACGCCGCGAGCCACAUGUUUCGAGGCAAAACCCUGCCAACAGGUCUUCGCAGACUGCCGAGACUCUCACCAGCUCUCCUGAGUUGGGAAGGAAACAGGGCAAGCAGCCGGAUACAUACUUUGAUGUGAUGCGGGAAGGGCGGGAGCUGACUGGCGAUCGGAGCAAGAGACGGUCAAUGAGGAGGGCUAAUCGGAGGAACUCUCAGGAAGGGGCACAGACACCUGUGCGGUCACCAUAUGAGGAUGACGCUGUUAUUGAGGAUGAGAUGCAAGUGGACUUGUCGCCUGUGGUGGAAUCGCCCAAUACGCCUAUCUCGCCGGGGAAGUCUCCUGUCUCUUACCCAAAGAUCAGGAAACGCACCGAGGCUGCUCAGGUACCGCCUGUUCCUGAGAGAGCCGAUAGGAAUAGUAGAAGCAGCAGGGGAUCAGACUUGCUUCCGCGAGGACACCAGUACAAUGUCUGGCACCCAGGGCAUUUAAUGCCAGCUGCUCCCCGAGGGCCCAAACGGCCAACAUAUGGCGCCAGUCUCAACCCAGUGCGAGUGCGCAAUCCAGCGCAGAUGAGGACUGGAUCCCCUGACACUCGCGGGGGACCUACCAUUGAGGACCAGUAUUUCCACAGCCAGAAGAGGUUGUCAAACCCAGCUUCAUACUGGGGAGGGCCAUCAUCAUCCCAACCCCGACCUGCGCAGGAAACUCGGCCACCGUAUGAUCCCCGCCAGCAGCCGCAACAACAACAACAACGACCAAAUCCUCAGCAACAGCAACGGCCCUACCCCCAACAACAACAACAAUACCUCCAACCCCAACAACGCCGCCCUCAACAACCACAACAAUACUCCCAACCCCCACCUUACUCCCAACCCCCUUUCCCGCAACAAUACCUCUCUCAACCACAACAACAACAACAACAACAACAACAACAACAACAACAACAACAACAACAACAAUACAAACCUUACAUCCCCCCGUCUUACCCCUCCCCAGCAGGAGCAACAUCUUCUUCUCAAACCCCCAUCGACAGCGCAGUAGCCAUGUCCAAUCCAGGGGGCUCAAACUCGGCCCACAGCAGCCAGUCCUCCUUGCUGCUGGCUAAACGCCGAGGUCCGGACAAGGCAGCGGCGUUGACGCUGGCGAACGCGGGUGAUUCCUACCAGAAAAAGGCACAGAGCACAAACUGGCAGAGGCAGGAUUCGGAUGAGCUGCCGCCGAUUACGCCGGGGUGGGUGCCUGAGUUGACACCUACGAGGAGGGGGGAUGAUUUGUUUCUGAAUGUGAGGUAA